AUGCGUUCACUUCAGAGCGCUGCUCGCUCAGCCUCGCGCACACUUCGUGCCUCACAAUGGCGACCCAGUGAGUCGACAUCGUUGCUCACCGGCGCUCGUCGGCCGUUAUCGGCGCAUCCCCGAAUGCUGCAUGCCGUGUCGCCGCGAAAGAGCCCAUCAGCUACAGCGAAGGACUCGUCCAAUCCCGCCAUGUCGUUCCCGUGUCUCGAUGCCCAGGAGGCAAAAUCCGCUAUGCUUAAUGCUCGAUCCCUUGAAUCCGGACCCGAACCUUCGUACACUACCGGUCAACAUGAAAGCUUUCAUUGUGACCAGCCGCUGCUUCUAGACUGGGGCGGCGUGCUGCCGGAAUUUGACAUUGCCUAUGAAACAUGGGGUCAACUGAAUGGCGAUAAGAGCAAUGCGAUCCUAUUGCACACUGGAUUGUCAGCCUCGAGCCACGCCCAUAGCACUGCGUCAAACCCGAAGCCUGGCUGGUGGGAGAAGUUCAUUGGACCCGGUCUGCCUCUGGACACCGAUAAGUACUUUGUCAUUUGCACAAAUGUGUUGGGAGGCUGCUAUGGUAGCACGGGACCUUCCUCAAAGGAUCCUUCCGACGGCGAGCGAUACGCAACACGGUUCCCAAUCCUCACGAUAGACGACAUGGUACGGGCUCAGUUCCGUAUUCUUGACGGCCUGGGUAUUCAGAAGCUGGCUGCCUCUGUCGGAUCCAGUAUGGGAGGAAUGCAAAGCUUGGCAGCUGGUGUGCUGUUCCCUGAGCGCGUGGAUAAGAUCGUCAGCAUCAGCGGCUGUGCUCGCAGCCACCCAUACAGCAUUGCCAUGCGACACACUCAGCGACAGGUAUUGAUGAUGGAUCCCCACUGGGCCCGUGGCUUCUACUACGACGCCAUCCCCCCGCAUUCCGGUAUGAAGCUGGCGCGUGAGAUUGCCACUGUCACCUACCGCAGCGGACCGGAGUGGGAACAGCGAUUCGGCCGUCGCCGUGCCGACCCCAGCAAACAGCCUGCUCUGUGCCCCGACUUCCUCAUUGAGACCUAUCUCGACCACGCUGGUGAGAAGUUCUGCUUGGAGUACGACCCCAACAGUCUUCUUUACGUAUCCAAGGCCAUGGACCUUUUCGACCUCGGCCAUGCCCACCAAACUGAAACUCGUCUUCGUCGUGCAGACGGCGAGACUCGCAUUGCUCAGGGUGAUAUGUCAUCGGGUGUCAUAGAUUCCUCUUGCAGCUUGACUUUGCCUGACAAGCCAUACGAGGAACAGCCCGAGGCCACUGCCUCCGUGCCGCCCGCUGAUCGGUCCGUUGCCUCGCAGGAAACUGAAGGACCUCCUCCUGACCUGAUUGCUGGUCUAUCGCCGCUGAAGAACCACCCUGUCCUUGUCAUGGGUGUUGCUAGCGACAUUCUGUUCCCUGCAUGGCAACAACGGGAGAUCGCUGAGACCCUUCGCGCUGGCGGCAACAAGAACGUUGAGCACAUUGAGCUUGGCGAGGAUCUCUCGUUGUUUGGCCACGAUACCUUCUUGCUUGACCUGAAGAACAUUGGCGGUGCACUUGGACGCUUCCUGAAAUAG